AUGCAAGCCCUGUGUGCGCUGCUAUGUCUAGGCCUGGCAGGCGCGCUGCAGCCGGCGGAGCACCUCGCCCAGCACGCCAUCCAGCUUCACCGUGGCCGGGGGGCACCAUCUACCAGCGGGCAGCUCUGGGUGGCCGAGAACUGCCGGCGCCUCUCGAGCCUCCUGCGACAGAAAAGCGCCGCCGUACGGAAGCUGGAGGUGGCGGCGGCGGCAGCACAGCACGACCGGACUCUCUCGGGCGCCGAGCGGCACUUUCAGGUGCACACGCUCGAGGUUUUUCAGAAGGAGUUAAACGAGAGUGAGCGCUCGCUCUUCCAGGCCGUGCUGGGACUUCAGCGGGUGCUGAAGGGCGACCUCAAAGACGUGGCGAACAUGAAGGAGAGCAGCCGCCAAAGGCUCGAAGCACUCAGGGAAGCCGCCAUCAAGGAGGAGCAGGAGUAUGUUGAGCUGGUUGCUGCGGAAAAGCACCAGCAAGAGGCGUUAAAGGUGGCGCAGGACCGGAACAAGACCCUAUCCAUGUUGGACGAGAUCCUCGAGGACGUCCGGAGGGCAGCUGACCGGCUGGAAGAGCAGAUCGAGGACCACGUCUUUGACAACAACAAGCAGAUGAAGGGGGUUAAUGUGGAGGCAGUCCUGAGGGUGGAGGAAGAUGAGGAGGACAGAAAGAAGAAGAACGUGUCCUGGCAGGUGGCACAGAGUGAUCUGGGACUCAGCAUGCUCAUCGACUCUCAGAACAACCAGUAUGUGCUGACCAAACCAAGAGAUUCUACCAUUCCACGAGCUGACCACCACUUUAUCAAGGACCUGGUGACGGUGGUCAUGCUGUCGUUACCCUGCGGCUGGCUGUGCACUCUGCUCGGACUGCCUCCUAUGUUUGGCUACAUAGUGUGUGGAGUUCUGCUUGGUCCUUCUGGGCUGAACAGCAUUAAGUCCAUGGUUCAAGUCGAGACGCUGGGGGAGUUGGGUGUGUUCUUUACACUCUUUGUUGUUGGCCUUGAGUUCUCUCCGGAGCGACUUCACAAGGUUUGGAAGAUCUCUGUUCAAGGCUCCUGCUACCUCACCCUCCUGAUGGUGGGGGCGGGGCUGCUUUGGGGACAGAUGUUUAGGCUCCACCCCAUUCAGACAGUCUUCAUUUGCAGCUGUCUGUCGCUCUCCAGCACUCCUCUGGUCUCACGGUUCCUUUCUGGUGGAUCCAGGGGGGAUAAAGAAGGUGAACUGGAUUAUAGCAGUGUACUGCUGGGAAUGCUGGUAAUGCAGGAUGUUCAGUUGAGCCUGUUUAUUGCAAUCAUGCCAACACUAAUUCAAGCUGGAAGUGGUGACAUGAACAGUGCUCUGAUUGGAGGUUUGCAUGUGCUGGUGCUGCUGGCUCAGGUGCUCGUGUCCAUCGCCAUUGUGCUGCUGAUCUGCUGGAUCCUCAGGUCUCAUCUGAUUGGUCCGUUCUACAGAAAGCUACACGCCGAGAGUAAAGGGAACAAAGAAAUGCUUGUGCUGGGGACCACAGCCUUCGUGUUCUUAAUGCUCUCAGUAACAGAGUUUCUGGAUGUUUCCAUGGAGCUCGGAUGUUUCCUCGCAGGAGCUCUCAUUUCCUCACAAGGUCACAUGGUUACCAGUGAAGUCAUCAGCUGCAUUGAGCCAAUCAGAGACUUCCUGGCUAUUAUCUUCUUUGCGUCUAUUGGACUGCAUGUGUUUCCCACUUUUGUCCUGUAUGAGUUAACGAUCCUCCUGGUUCUGACCUUGUCACUGGUGAUCCUGAAGUUCAUCAUGGCGGUGCUGGUGCUGUCGGCCAUCCUUCCCCCCAGCUCGCGACACAUACGCUGGAUCGUAUCAGCUGGGUUGGCACAAGUCAGCGAGUUCUCCUUUGUCCUGGGCAGCCGUGCCCGCCGGGCUGGCAUUAUCUCAAGAGAGGUGUAUCUUCUGGUCCUGAGUGUCACCACGUUAAGUCUGCUGUUAGCACCCGUGCUGUGGAGAGCUGCCACUCUGAAAUGCAUCCCACGAGCUGAAAGGAAAACGUCCACCUGACCCACAUUAAGCAAUGAAGGAAUUCGAUCUCUUUUCUCGUGAUGGGAGAUCAUGAUCAGUUUGUGAUCCAGGAAACACACAAACUUUGUGUGGUCUAAGCACAUCUGGGAUGAAGAAUGUAUGAGCGGAUUGAACACAAUAAUUCCUAGAUCAGUACUUACUGAUGCUAGGACUGAUGUGGCUGCAAGCUGUAAUUUCAGUCAAUUGGUUUUAGUUUCUUGAAAUUAGUCAGAUGUAUGAGGUGCAGCUCCUGUAUUGGUAUUGGUUGGUAUUAAAACGGAAUCAUCGUGGAUAAUAUGAAAGUUCCGGGGCAUGAAGAAUUAGAUUUUUAGAAAUAAUGUUAAACCCGACAAGCUGAACUCACCACAAGAGCACAGUGCAAGCUGAUUUUCAGUCACUUAAAGCAGUGGUCCCCAACCACCAGGCCACGGCCCGGUACCAUUUAUUACCGGGCCCCACAGAAAGAAUAUAUAAUUAGAGAUUGCUACAAGAGCAAUUACAUUUCCAACACACUUUGGGUGUUGUUGUCUCUUAUUACCACUAGGUGUGAGCAGCGUCUCAUUGCAGAUUUUUUAAAUCUAUAGUUAUUCUAUAUUAAAUCCUCCCUCCCCCGCCGGUCCGUGAAAUGAUAUCUUAUAUGAAACCGUUGGGUUGGGGACCGCUGACUUAAAGGAUUAAUGAAGGCAGCCAGACCUUUCCUUUAUCAAUGACCAAACUCGACUCAUGCCCAGUUUGGGUAGUGUGAAUGAGCUGACUACCCCAGUUUUCAGUACACGUAGAGCUGAAUAUUUUCAGACAUGUUUGAAAUGAUCAGUAAUGAAAUGAAGCCUGAGCUCCCUGUUGAGAAGCUGAAAGACCAAAAAUAAGCAAUAACCAAUUAGCGUGAAAAAAUGCUAUAUAUUAAGAAGUAAACGUAUUACUUACUAGAUGUAUUACACGGUGUAUGUUAUACAUCACUCUCAACAUGAUAAGGCACCAUGUCUCAAAGCACAUGUUCAGGAUGCUAUAAUAACCCUCCCAGUCACCAGAUCUGAAUCCAGUAGAGCAUUUCAGAUUGUGGUACUUGGGAUUUGCAGUAGUUGGAAGAUUCAACAAGACACUAAUGUUUCCAAAAACAUUGCCAUAAAUUAAUUGAUGCUCUCCUGAGAUCAAAAAGGGAUUCCUACCCAGUACUAAUACUGGGUUCCUAAUAAAGUGGCUGUUAAGUAAACAUACAGUAUUUUAUAUCAUUAGUUGUUUAGUGUUGAUUUUUUUAUAAUGUCACUCUGUGUUUUUUGUUAGUACGAUUGACUAUUUAA